AUGGAGCUCUUUAGAGAUCAGAUGGGUGGACUGCAGUAUUACUGCUUCAUAGAUGAAGGCUGUGCUGCUCUGGCUUCAGCUCUGAGAUCAAACCCCUCACAUCUAAAACACUUGGAUCAGUCUGGAAAUGAAAUGGGAGUUUUUGGAGUCAAGCAGCUUUCUGAUCUACUGCAGGAUCCUCUUUGUGAACUGAAAAUACUGAGGUUGUGUAAGUGUGGUGUCACAGAUGAAGGGUGUGCUGCUCUGGCUUCAGCUCUGAGAUCAAACCCCUCACACCUGAGAGAACUGGAUCUGUCUGGAAACAAACUAGGAGGAUCAGGACUGAAUCUGCUCUCUGAUGGACUGAAGGAUUCUCACUGGAAACUGGAAACACUGCGGUUGAGGUGGUGUGGCAUCACAGAUGAAGGUUUUGUUGAUCUGGCUUCAGUUCUGAGAUCAAUCUCCUCACACCUGAGAGAACUAAAACUGACUGGAAAUAAUCUUCAAGCAUCAGGAAUAAAUCUGCUCUCUGCUGGACUGAAGGAUCCUCACUGUAAACUGGAAACACUGUGGUUGAGGGAUUGUGGAGUCACAGAUGAAGGUUGUGCUGCUCUGGCUUCAGCUCUGAGAUCAAACCCCUCACACCUGAGACAACUAGACCUGACUAGAAAUGAUGUAGGAGACUCGGGAGUGAAGCUGCUCUCUGAUGGAUUGAAGGAUCCUCGCUGUAAACUGGAAAGACUGCGUGACUCUCAACUGGUCCAAAGCACAAUUAAAUCAAAUCUGGUGAAGAAGUUUCAGUGUCUGUAUGAAGGAACAUCAAAGCAGGGAAACCCAACACUCCUGAAUGAGAUCUACACAGAGCUCUACAUCACAGAGAGGGAAGAUGGAGAGAUCAGUAAUGAGCAUGAGCUGAGACAGAUUGAGACACAAUCCAGGAGAGCAGCAACAGAGGACAAACCAAUCAAAUGCAAUAAGAUCUUUAGACCUUUAUCUGGUCAAGAAAAACCCAUCAGAACUGUGCUGACAAAGGGAGUCGCUGGCAUUGGAAAAACAGUGUCUGUGCAGAAGUUCAUUGUGGACUGGGCUGAAGGGAAAGAGAAUCAGGAUGUCCAGCUCAUAUUUCCACUGCCUUUCAGAGAGCUCAACUUGAUGAAGGACAAAACACUCAGUCUUUCAGAUAUUCUUCAUAUCUUUUUCCCUGAAACCAAAGAAAUAGAAAUAUCCAGUGAUGAAUAUAAAGUGUUGUUCAUCUUUGAUGGUCUGGAUGAGUGUCGUCUGUCUCUGGAUUUUCAGAGCGAUGUGAGACCAGCAGCAGCUGAUCUCAUUCCCUCUGAGUGUGUCCAUCGAGUGACAGAGGUACGAGGCUUCAAUGAUCAACAGAAGGAGGAAUACUUCAGGAAGAGAAUCAGAGAUCAGAGUCUGGCCAAUACAAUCAUCUCUCACCUGAAGUCUUCAAGGAGCCUCCACAUCAUGUGCCACAUCCCAGUGUUCUGCUGGAUCUCAGCCACUGUUCUAGAGAAGAUGUUGAGUCAAGCAGAGAGUGGAGAGAUUCCCAAGACUCUCACUCAAAUGUACACACACUUCUUGAUCAUUCAGACCAACAUCAGACAUGAGAAGGACUAUGAGAAGAAAGUCAAAGAUGAAGAUAUGAUCUUCAAACUGGGGAAACUGGCUUUUCAGCAGCUUGUGAAAGGCAACCUGAUCUUCUAUGAGGAAGACCUGAGAGAGUGUGGCAUUGGAGAGACAGAAGCAUCAGUGUACUCAGGAUUGUGCACUCAGAUCUUCAGAGAGGAGUUUGGAUUGUUUCGGGGGAAAGUCUUCUGCUUUGUUCAUCUGAGCAUCCAAGAACAUCUAGCAGCUCUAUAUGCACAUCUGUCCCUUAUGAAAAAAAACAGAAAUGUGUUUAUUACUCUGUCUUCUAGUCCUUUGAAGCAUUUAAAGAAGGCUUUACAUGUUUCAUUAUCUGAGCUGCAUCAGAGAGCUGUGAAAAAGGCCUUCAAGAGUAAAAAUGGACAUCUGGACCUUUUCUUGCGUUUUCUUCUGGGUCUCUCAUUGGAGUCCAAUCAGAUUCUCUUACGAGAACUACCGACACAGACAGGAAGCUGCUCCUACAACAAAGAGGAAACAGUUGAGUACAUCAAGCAGAAGAUCAGGAGGAAUCGCUCUCCAGAGAGAUCCAUCAAUCUGUUCCACUGUCUGAAUGAACUGGGUGAUGAUUCACUGAUGCAGGAGAUCCAAGAUUAUCUGAAAUCUGGAAAAAUAAGAGAAAUCAAACUCUCCUCUUCACAGUGGUCAGCUCUGGUUUAUGUGUUGCUGACAUCAGAGCAGAAGAUGGAUGUUUUCAAACUAAAACUGUUUAUUGGAUCCCAAAAUACAGCAGAUGAAGUUCUUCAGAAGCUGCUACCUGUGGUCAAAGAAUCCAAAUUAGUUCAGUUGAUGGAUUGUGGCGUUACAGAUGAAGGUUGUGGUGCUUUGGCUUCAGCUCUGAAAUCAAACCCCUCACACAUGAGAAAUAUGAAUCUGUCACUGAAUAAACUAGGAGCAUCAGGAGUGAAGCUGCUCUCUGAUGGACUGAAGGAUCCUCACUGUAAGCUGGAAAAACUGAGGUUGAGUGAUUGUGGCGUCACAGAUGAAGGUUGUGCUGCUCUGACUUCAGCUCUGAGAUCAAACCCCUCACAACUGAGAGAACUAGAUCUGUCAAUGAAUAAAUUAGGAGCGUCAGGACUGAAUCUGCUCUCUGAUCUACUGAAAGAUCCUCCCUGUAAACUGGAGAUACUGCGGUUGAGUGAUUGUGGCGUCACAGAUGAAGGUUGUGCUGCUCUGACUUCAGCUCUGAGAUCAAACCCCUCACAACUGAGAGAACUAGAUCUGUCAAUGAAUAAAUUAGGAGCGUCAGGACUGAAUCUGCUCUCUGAUCUACUGAAAGAUCCUCCCUGUAAACUGGAGAUACUGCGGUUGAGUUAUUGUGGAGUCACAGAAGAAUGUUGUGCUGCUCUGGCUUCAGCUCUGAGAUCAAACCCCUCACACCUGAAAGAACUGGAUCUGUCUGGAAAUGAACUAGGAGCAUCAGAACUGAAUCUGCUUUCUGCUGGACUGAAAGAUCCUCUCUGUAAAUUAGAGAUACUGCGGUUGAGGGAUUGUGGAGUCACAGAUGAAGGUUGUGCUGCUCUGGCUUCAGCUCUGAGAUCAAACCCCUCACACCUGAGAGAACUGGAUCUGUCUGUAAAUAAAUUAAGAGACUCCGAUGUGAAGCUGCUCUCUGAUCUGAAGGAUAAUCCACAUUAUAAAUUGGAAACGCUUAAGUUGAGGGAUUGUGGCGUCACAGAUGAAGGUUGUGCUGCUCUGGCUUCAGCUCUGAGAUCAGACCCCUCACACCUGAGAGAACUAGAUCUGUCUGGAAAUGAACUAAGAUUCUCAGAUGUGAAGCUGCUGUCUGAUCUGAAGGAUGAUCCACAUUAUAAACUGAAGACACUUAAGUGA